CUUUGCUCCCCCAGACUGCCCUCCCUCUGUAGAACCCAGCACACCUUCAGCCCCCUCCCUCUCAAAGGCUGAUGAGACACAGGCCAGAGGAGGGAUGGAGAAUGAACAGACGUCUGCAGGAGGCCCUUCAGGAUGCAGCGGGUGGGCUGGGGCUGGCUGGAGUGCCGGGCCCACAGGUCCGGUGGGGUGGUGGCGGCGCGGAUGCGAUCCAGGGAGCUGGCGGAGCCAGCAGGGAGUGAACGUCUGCUAAGCUUUGCCCAGCAGGCCUAAUGAGACACAGGUGGUCCCCUGGCCCGUCCCACCUCCCAGCCCUGAUAGUGUAAGCUGAUGCGGGUCGUCUGGGAGCGGAGGCGAGGCUGGGGCGCUGGCGGGGGCCCAGCGCUUAACUCCGGGCAGUUGCAGGCUGGGGCUGCAGACGCUCAGCCACUCAGCUGAACUGACAGCAUGAAGGCCCUCCUGGCCCUGCCGCCGCUGCUGCUGCUUCUCUCCGCUCCCCGCUGCACCCCCCAGGUCUCCGCGAUCCGGGGAGAUGCUCUGGAGAGGUCUUGCCUUCAGCAGCCUCUGGACUGCGAUGACAUCUACGCCCAGGGUCUCCAGGUGGACGGCGCCUACCUCAUCUACCCCUCGGGCCCCAGCGUGCCUGUGCCUGUCUUCUGUGACAUGAGCACCGACGGUGGGAAGUGGACGGUUUUCCAGAAGAGAUUUAAUGGCUCAGUGAGUUUCUUCCGGGGCUGGAACGACUACAAGCUGGGCUUCGGCCGCGCUGAUGGGGAGUACUGGCUGGGGCUACAGAACCUGCAUCUUCUGACGCUGAAGCAGAAGUAUGAGCUGCGAGUGGAUCUGGAGGACUUUGAGAACAACACGGCCUAUGCCAAGUAUGCCGACUUCUCCAUCUCCCCCAACGCGGUCAGUGCCGAGGAGGACGGCUACACCCUCUAUGUGGGGGGCUUCGAGGACGGUGGGGCAGGUGACUCCCUGUCCUACCACAGCGGCCAGAAGUUCUCCACCUUCGACAGAGACCAAGAUCUCUUUGUGCAGAACUGCGCAGCCCUCUCCUCAGGAGCCUUCUGGUUCCGUAGCUGCCACUUUGCCAACCUCAAUGGCUUCUACCUGGGUGGCUCUCACCUCUCCUAUGCCAAUGGCAUCAACUGGGCCCAGUGGAAGGGCUUCUACUACUCCCUUAAGCGCACGGAGAUGAAAAUCCGCAGAGCUUGAGGGGCUGGCCCCCAUCAGGCCCCUUCCUCCCUUGGCCAUCCUAGGUUUCCAUGAGUGUUCCCUCUGUGCCACCCACCACCACAGGGCCCCUGACCCAAUGUUUCUGCUGCACCCUGGUCACCUGCUUCUCACAGGGGGCCUUGUGGCUCUCACACACCCAGGAUGUCCAUCUCUAAGCCAGGCCCUGCUCCCCUGUGCCCGAGGCCACAUCAAUAGCAGCUACCCAGGCCUUUUCUGGGAGGCACAGCCAUCCAGCCUGCACCUGGCUGGGCUCCAGGAGACAACUGCCUCCACCCUGUCCCAGGAGCCAGGAGCCGCCCUCCCUGAUGCAGGCUUUUGCGUUCCACCUUACCCAGCUUCUUUACUGUGGACCCCUAUCUAGGACCACCCUAUCGUUGCUAGGCUGAGCAGCACUGACCUCUGCCCUCAGUCAUGCCAGGCCACAACAGCACUGAGAAACACCCCAGCACUCCCUCUGGCUUUUUUCAGACUACCAUCCUUGCCUUCCCCCCCUAUUGCCCAGUGGUGAGCACCAUGGACCCCAGCCCCAACUGGGGCCUAUGAUAAUACUAAGCUCCCCCACCUGGCUCUCCCAGCCCUCCAAAGCUCAAUGCCAGAGGUAUUCACCACCAAGGCAAGGCACUCUGAAACUGCCACGCUCCACAUAGGCAAGCAUGUACAAGGUCCCCCAACCCUCGGGAGCUGAGGUUUGGCCAUGUGAAGGGACAGAGGACAAUCUCUGUGGGACUGGGAGUGGGUAGGGAGUAGAGAUCUCAAUAAACCUUCAGGAUUUGAGUG